AUGAUUCUAGUCGAUCAACGCAUACCACACAAACGACAUAUUGGUUCAGCACGCGAGAAAUUCUUCCGAGCGAAGCAGUUACCCACGAAUACUGACAAUUUAUUUCAACGACCUAAACAAUCCCUUCCAUCACCGGAGUUCUUACGAUCUCGUUGGCUCGAAUUGUACAAUGAACGCAAUAAAGUUGCUGAGCCGAUCAUUGUCGUCAGCUAA